AUGGCUGAGAAUUCCAAGUCUGCUGGAGAUGCUGCAGCCGCCUUUAAUCGGCACUUCGACCAGCAGCGCGCUGCUCAGGGCAGUCGCGUUAACCACCAGCAGCCUGGUCCUUCUUCAUUCCGUGGACGUCAUCAUAACCUUGAUGCUGAGUCUGACUUCUUGAAUAAUCAGCUCGGAGAUCUGAGCCUCGAGCAGGGCAAUACUCGCCAGCCCAACUUCUUCCACCCUACCCCUCCGCCUCAACAUCUCUUCACCCCACCUCAACAGAGCACCUAUGCCUCGAUUGAUGAGGCCGCCUUGGCCGAGGCUCGAAUGAACUCGGCUUUCACCCAACCGACCAGCAACUUUACCAGCGAGACGGCCUCAUCUUCUUCCACUGUCGUCCCCAACUACUCGCCGUAUGGACAUCAGCAUGAAGGUCCCCUGAGAUAUAGCCACUACCAGCAUAGUGGUUACAUGAGUGGACCAUACUCCCUCCACACUUUCGCUCCUGCUCCGACGGCAGUCGCUGCCCGUCCUGCUUAUCAGCAGGUCCAGCAGGCUCAGCAGCGCAACGCUGCUGAGCCUACUCCUUUAGCAGUGGCUGCUGCUUGGGAGGGCGCCUUUGAUGACGCCAUGGACGAGUGGAUGCAGGAGCAGGUCCGCAUUGAGGCCGAUGAAGCUUCUGCCGCCACCGAGGCUGAAGCCGCCGAGGCAGAGGUGGCUGAGGCCAAGGAUGCUGCUCCUGCCCUUCCGAGCCCGUCUGACCUGGCCAAAACCGCUCAGCUGCUCGUGUCUGCCGUUGAGAAUGACGAUUCGGAUAAGUUCCGAAACUCAUCCUUCAUGCACCUGAUGCGCCGCAUUGCAGCACAGGAGGUUGUUAUAGAGGACAACAACUUUGUCACGGCCUCGCCGGCUGAGCCGACCUUGGACGUCGAGCGCCCUGACAAGGGCAAAGGCAAGGCUGUUUACCCUGAGAAGAAAUAG